AUGGUUCAACGGAAUAUGUCUCCUAUCCUGAUAAGCUAUCUAACGUUUUUCGUCUUCCAAUCCUAUGCAUACAAUGCUUUACUUCAAUACCCUAGCGUCCGCGAUUGUCUUGCCAAUUGGGCCCUCUAUUCGGCCGAGUCUUCACAGCUCGCCACCAAGUCGUACACUACUACGUUAACAUCAACGGAAAUAUGGUCGGUCUUCCCUUCAGUCCCGACAUCCACGUUCUGCGAUAGCAUCCCUCGGCUUCUCUCUCGCCAGCACAGCGCCUAUGUGACAGAAUGGUUUCCGACGACAACGUACACGACCUGGUCGACCAUGACUAGCCCGACACCUAGUUGUAGGGUUAAAGAGAAUGAGUGCGAGGUAGCAAUAUCCGGCUGGAGUUCGUUAUUCACAGCAACACCGAGUGCAAGCUUUCCAUUCCCAUGCACAACGUACCAGCCCUGCUCAGCGGAUCCCAUUGGCCCAUGCAGCAUCACUGCUGAAAGUGUCAAAAUAUACUAUUGGCCGACCAUUGCCUCAUCUCCGCUAUGUUCUCAAACAACGACUCUAGCAUCAGCAGCUCAACCUACCCCUCCUCCAUCUGUUCCAAAAUCACCUCUCACGAAAGUCAUCGAUGGCUUCACCGCAACAUCACCCUCGGUAUACAUAUCUUUUCCAUUCCUUUACGGUCGAUACCACGGGCAACCAACACACAUCUUCACCGGCUGCGGCUCAAUGCUCACUUCAGUCACACUUUCAAUCCCGCCGUGGCCGAUAUCUACCGUCACGAGAGUGAAAGGCGCGAGGAGACCACUGUACAGGGAUCCAAGGCCAUUCAAUCUUUCAAGUUUAAAUUGGCCGGUUACCACGACGAGUAGUUGUGCAAUUCAAACGAGCUGCCAGUGGAGUGAUUUGAUCAGCGGGUGUAUCGACGUCUUAUAUACGAAAUGCACGACGCCGACUGUGGAUCCAUUUCAUUGGAAUCCGGUGUUGGCAUUGCCGACGCAUUUUGUGGGGGAGGCUGCGAAGAAGGACCCAGGGUAUGCGAAGUGUGAGAUACAUCCGGCUGCAGCUGCAGCUGCGACAUGGAUCCCUAUUACAACACUCGCGGGUGAUCCAAGGUUCACGGAGGGAUGGUCGGCAACACCGACGAUGCCGCAGAUCACCGUUACAGAGACUGCUGCAAUCACUUCGACUUGA